AUGCAAGGGCGCAUCACUUUAGGUUUAGCCAGCCAAUCGCUUUGGUUCAGUGCUUACAACAACUGUGACAAAAAGUUUGACCUACAAGUAGGUUCUGAUAUUAGGUGUAGUUCGUGCAAUCAACGUAGCCAAAUUACAGUAAGAGCAAGAAUUCCAAUCUACAUUAAAGACGAUACAGAGACAAUUACGGCAGUCCUGUAUGAGGAAGAUGUUGUACAGCUUGUUGGACGUACUGGGGCUGAAUUGAAAGAUGUUGAGGAUCAGGGCAUAAGCAUGUUGAAAAAAAUUGGUGGAAGAAUUAAGAACUACCAUAUUGUCUGUUAUGUGAGGUUCUACUGA